CUUUCAAACAACGCAACGACCGAGACGGGCCGCAGGAAAUAUGUAACUUUCAGUGAAUUAAAAGCUGCCUUGCAGUCACGUUCAAGAUGGUGUUGGAAAGCAUUGCGAGAAUUAUAAAAGUCCAGCUCCCCGCCUACCUCAAAAAGCUACCUUUACCAGAAACUAUCGGAGGCUUUGCGAGGUUAACAGUUUCGGAGUGGCUCCGGCUGCUCCCCUUGCUGGGAAUCCUGGCUCUGCUGGGCUACCUCACCAUCCGGCCCUUCCUGCCCAAGAAGAAGAAGCAGAAGGACAGCCUCAUCAACCUGAAGAUCCAGAAGGAGAACCCCAAAGUGGUGAACGAGAUCGACAUCGAGGACCUGAAAAGCGCCAGCGCCUGUUACUGUAGGUGCUGGCGGUCCAAAACGUUUCCUGUUUGUGAUAAAUCGCACAUUAAGCACAAUGAACUGACGGGGGACAACGUGGGCCCGUUAAUACUGAAGAAGAAGAUCCUAUAAUCCCUCUCUCUGCUGGGGAGAGCAUCCACACUUCUCCCGGGCAAUCCAUAGGUCUUUUUAAAAUUUAUUAUCCUUAUUCACAGAAGGGCCUGUUUUUAGUGUUUUUCUGUCUCACGCCUUUUUUUUUUCCUUUUUAUAUAUUUUUUUUCUGGUUUUUGGUUCAAAGAAAAUAGCGCAGAUGUUGCCUGUGCUCAUGGCAUCUUUGCAAUAAAAUGGAAAUCGUUAUCCGAUAGCUCACAAAACAUCAAAUGCUGAACCAUAAAGCAAGCAAACGGCCUUCCACACAAUAAUGAGCGUCAGGUGUACGGCAAGCAUUAAAUUAUGUUUUCAUUUUUUUUUUUUUCUCUCAACUUGACUAUGAUGUGAACAACGAGCACAGCAGUGGUCAUGUUACAGAGCCUUCAACAGUGACUUUCAGCUUUUGUGUGCAAUGAGGUGUCUGCCUGCCAACUUGCCUUCAGUAGAAGCCAACCGCUUCAGCUGAAGCUUACUGUAGCCUCCCAGUUCAAAACAGUCUCGGCAACCUACUGGGCUUAAUGCUUCUAAUCUUGAGAAGGCACUUUCUCGUUUGUGGAAAGCUCAUCUGAGAUCAUAAAGAGACCUCCUGAUUCAAAAUGGCAUCUCUGCCAUUUUUGUAUAGUAUGUAAUUACUGGGAUCGUUUUCAGGGAACCAACUUCAUGGAACUUUUCUUUUCAUUGUUCAUUUCCAGAGUUUCAGUCUUUGUGAAUCAACACCAAUCACCUUCAUCUCUUAAGGGCAUACGUCCAAAAGUUAGAUAUUCAGACGGUGAUGUCAGAGAAUAAGUCAGCAAUAGCUGAUGUUUUUUUUUUUCCUUCUAAUUUAUGCCUGUUCUGAUGUGGGUUGACCUAAUCAGAGCUGCCUUAAUUUCUGCAUACUAUGAUAAUAAGCAGCUUGUCUGUGCACAAAGUAAAGUUUGCAGGCCUUUUUUUUUUUUCAUUUGAAUGAGCACUGAUACUGUAGUGCUUUCUAGCCAAUAACAGACAUGAAGAUAUCACACACCAGGCAUCCCACUUUGAAUGGCACCAAAAAACUUCCUGAAUUUCUCACUGUGUUUUUACAGAGGUGCCCAGUCCCCGCUGGCACUCUAUUGUAAGAUAUGAGUAUGCUUUUAUGUUUAAUUUUUGGAUGCGAUAGGUCCAU